CAUCGGCAGCAUGACUACAUCAUGAUUUUGAGAAUCAUGUACAGUACAAGUCUGAAGGAGGGCAUAUUCAUUGAACCUGCGCCUGGCGGCUAGCAUACAAGUUUUGACUUUGGUUUCUCUCCCAAGUUCUUACAAGAAGGGCAGCUUUGUCGGUAUAAAAAUGAGGAGCGCCCAACGGAGGAGGAAGAGAUCGAGAGAAAGAAAGGAACCAAAGAAGAGAGGAAGGGAAGAUGAGCAACGCAGCUAGCGCAACCCCCCUCCUCGCCCCCUACAAGAUGGGGAAAUUUGAUCUUUCCCACAGGGUGGUUCUUGCGCCGCUCACAAGGGAGCGGUCGUUCGGAAACGUUCCUCAGCCGCAUGCCGUACUGUAUUAUCAGCAGAGAGCAACCAAAGGAGGCCUUCUGAUUGCUGAGGCCACUGGAGUUUCAGACACUGCUCAGGGGUACAAGGACACUCCUGGCAUCUGGACCAAGAAGCAGGUAGAAGCAUGGAAGCCGAUCGUCGAUGGGGUUCAUGCCAAAGGAGGAAUAUUUUUCUGUCAGAUUUGGCAUGUAGGAAGAGUCUCCAAUCAUGCUUUUCAGCCUAAUGGGCAGGCUCCAAUUUCAAGCACCGAUAAGCCAAUCAAACCUGCAACGAGAGCCGAUGGCAUAGGAUUGGCCAAAGUCUCAACCCCUAGGCGACUAGAGACUGAUGAAAUCCCGUUGGUCAUCGAUGAUUUCAGGGUCGCUGCUAGAAAUGCAAUUGAAGCCGGAUUUGAUGGCGUCGAAAUCCACGGGGCUCAUGGUUAUUUGAUCGACCAGUUCUUGAAGGACCAAGUCAAUGAUCGCACCGACAAAUACGGUGGGAGCUUAGAGAACCGUUGCCGCUUUGCGCUAGAAGUAGUCCAAGCCGUAGCUGAUGAAAUUGGAGCCGAUAAGGUUGGCAUAAGGCUUUCACCCUUUGCAAGUUACUCCGAGGCAUCAGACUCAAACCCGGAAGCUCUGGGCCUAUACAUGGCACAGGCGCUGAACAAGCUUGGAAUCCUCUACUGCCACAUGGUGGAACCACGGAUGGUGAAUAUUGGGGAAAAGCUUGAAACCCCGCACAGCCUUCGCCCCAUGAGGGAUGCUUUCAAGGGAACAUUCAUCGUGGCUGGUGGAUAUGGUAGGGAUGAUGGAGAUAAAGCGAUCGCCGAUGGCUAUGCUGAUUUGGUUGCAUAUGGGCGCUUGUUUUUAUCCAACCCGGACUUGCCCCGGAGGUUUGAAAUGGAUGGUCCUCUCAACAAGUACAAUAGAGAUACUUUCUACCUCUCUGAUCCAGUUAUUGGAUACACUGACUACCCGUUUCUACCGUCCGAUGUAUGAACGGGCCUUUCAGGAAUGAAUACCUCCUUCCUGUCAUCAGAUCAUUUACCUUACGUAUCACAACUAUGUUGAAGGAAUAAGGUCAUUGAUUUCUUC